UAUCCACACAACAUAAUAAUAAAAACCAUUUAGCUUUGCACAUCGUUCAAAUAUAUUGAAGUAACCCUAGCACUAGCAGCUUCGUUACGAGUCGCCACCACUGACGGCAGUUUCCAGCACGGAAGCAUCGCAUCGUUUCUCGUCUCGUAACAAACAAUCGUUGAAAUCUGAACAAUGGCGUAUGCUGCUAUGAAACCCACAAAGGUUGGUUUGGAAGAGUCUCAGGAGCAGAUCCACAAGAUUAGGAUAACCCUCUCCUCGAAACACGUCAAAAAUCUCGAGAAGGUUUGUGCUGACUUGGUUCGCGGUGCCAAGGACAAGCAUCUUAGGGUUAAGGGACCUGUCAGGAUGCCUACUAAAGUUCUUAACAUCACUACAAGGAAGUCCCCUUGUGGUGAAGGUACCAACACUUGGGAUAGGUUUGAACUCCGUGUCCACAAGAGAGUCAUUGAUCUCUACAGUUCCCCAGAUGUGGUUAAGCAGAUUACCUCCAUCACAAUUGAACCUGGUGUUGAGGUUGAGGUUACCAUUGCAGACGCUUGAUCUUAAAUCAAGUUUUAACUUAUGUUCCCUAGUUCUUUUUUCCUCCUGUAUUUGGUCAGUUUCGUUUUUGGGACAAAGUUGGCUUGCUUUCUAUAGUUUUGCAGUUGUUGACAUUCAAUGAAUUCUUGAAGAAAUGUGAUGCUUAAUAUGCUUUAGAUUCUUAUUCCAUGUUCGAUGUUUAUUUUGAUAUUAUAUCACAUUUAUUUUAUGUAUUCAGUUAGCAAAAUAUGCAAUGAAUUCAAUUUUCAUAUUA